AUGCUCAUUCACCACUCAUCUCUCCUCCUCAUUCAAACGAUAACAACUCUAAUCAUUCUACAAUGCAUUACAUUUACUCAGUGCUUGACGUUGAUCGAGCGAAAUGAGCUCGCGCGAAAGUUUAAGUACUACUUCAACUCAGUUCGACCGAUCGCUAGAGACAAUUAUGUGUCCGACGAAAACGGUACUCAUUUCACGAUCGAGACGGAGGUCCAUUUGUUGAACUCAAUCAGGACACAGAAUUCUGUAUCUUUGGAGGCUUUUGUUUUAUGCAAAUUCGUUGAUGAUCGAUUGAUUUUGAGAGAAUUGGAGGAUCGAUUUGAGGUCACUGAAUUUGAGCCUUGGCAACCGAGGAUUACAACCAGCCCGACAACCUCAUUAAAAACGAGCAUCUUCUUGUCACCGCAAACCGGCGAGCUCAAUAUUUACUAUCGAGUAAAAGAAACGAUCCCUUGUGUUGGUGACUCUUGGCGUCAUCCAUUCGAGAUUUUCAACUGUGAUUUGACGAUUGAGAAUGGUGGAGAAGAACGCCUCCGAGUUGUCGACCAUCGAGACGCUCGACCGAAGCUUCAAUUGCGACAAGUUGGCCUUGAAAUCGAAGAUUGGCCAGUUCCCCUCAUUCGAUUGUGGUUCCGUGGAACUUGGCAUACAACGCUCGUCUCCGUCUUUCUACCGUCUUUCCUCGUUUUUGCUGUGGUAGUUUUUGCGCAAUGGAAGCGACGAAAAAUCCAGGUGAUCGUCACGGUGACCGCCUUGAUUUGUAUCGUGAUUUUGCUCUCCUCUCAAAGAGCUUAUCCGUCCUUGACGUUGCGGGAUCUCUGGUUGUGUUCGACUUUUCUUCAUACGAUAUUUUUAUUGAUUGUCGAUUUGACUCUUCCCGCGCGAAGAGUUCGAUACACUUUGAUGGUCGAUGUAAAUGGGAAACCGACAAUGGCCUCACCCGAAUCGAGUCCACCAACACAAAAAGCCACAAUCGUGCACGCCGCAUCAUCUGGUGAGGAAGCAAUUGUGGAUUUAGUGGAAUAUGAUGAGAAUUUCGAUAUUGAUCGAGCGAAGCCUGUCGGAUGGCCGAUUAAAUGGCUCAAAGAUGAAGACGAUGGAUGGCCUUCUCCAUUGAUCGGUGGUCGGAGAGCAGUGAUGGCCAUUCAGAAAUUUGCCGGUCGGACUUUUGGACAGACAAAAGUCGAGAGUCAAGUGAUUCGGGGAUGCCCCGGGCAGGAAGUUCCCAUUCAUCGUCAGAUCACGGCGAACACUUUGGGGAAUCGUAAGAAAUUCGCGCUUCUCGCAAAGUCUAACUUAAUCAACGCAGCGACAGGCGGCGGCCCUGAGCCAGCGGAUCGGCCCUGUCAGACAGGCGAUUGGCCAAAGGCACAGGCUUCCUUUUUACUUAGAGUC